AUGGACGAAAAGUACAGGAGCAACCACAUCCGUCAGGACGGCGGUCUCUGCUUCGAGCUGGCGCCUUGGCAGCACCAGCCGGUUGAGCUGGAGGAGCAUUUGAAGAAACUAAAGCAACGAUGGGGUAACUCUGUCACUGCCGAUUAUAAGAGAAGAUCUCAACUGGCACUUGUAAAUAGCGAAAUAUCUCGUUACAUGGACACGGUGAUCGCACCAUUCCUGGACACGUACCAUCGUAACAUUCAGAUCUCGUACCAACAAAUGACCGAAAAGAUCUUAAAGAGGAUCAAAGAUGAAAUAAACGCUGCGGUGGUGAAGAAGAAUAAGAUUUAUACGGCUCUGACGAUUUUAGCUCGUAAUUUGACCCUUCCAGCUAUGUGCAAUGAAGAUCAUCGGAAGAUUAAAAUACUCGCGAACAAGCACGUUGCCAAGAUAUAUGUUUGCACGGAGGAAGCUCGAAAGUCCAUUGCCAAAAUGGGAAUUUACGCUCAAGAAAUGAUCAAUAUCACUAAGAAGCACAUGGAGGGAAGUUUGGUGGAGGCUGCCAAAUUCAUUGACAACGUUAGACAGCGCAUUCUGCAAAGAAAAGACAUCAAUGCGUGCCUCAAGCAAUUAUCGAGAGAGGCGGUUUUGUUGGGCUAUGAACUGGAUCUUAGUCUGACGAACGCCCGUCGCCACAACGAGCAGUCGUGCGAGAAGAUAUCCGUCUGCAGCACGAUAGCCAAGAGGAGUACUGAUGAUGCCGUAGUUGCUCUCAAAGAUGAACUGUUUCAAUGUGUUUAUGCUUGAAUAAAUUCUAAAUUACUAUUGUU